GGCGGCGUGGACUUCAGCAGCCUGUCGUCUUUGAAGGAGAAUAUAGGAAGUCCGUCUAAGAGGGUGGAUUUGACCCCAGUCUCCAGACCUGAGUUACCUCGCUCCCCGUCUGGCCUACGGGACACUCCGUUUCGGAACCUACACCCUCCCGGCCCUAGCCAGCCGCCAAUGAUGGGGACUUCAGUGGAGCGGUCUCCCUCAGACAGACUCGAGGUCCUCAGCCCCCUCUCGGCAGACCACUCAUUCCUGUGCAGCAGCCCUGCGAUUCGCACCGACAACAGCCCCUACCAGAUGGAGGUUCAAAGGGGGGCAGGGAGACAAACAGGCUACGGGUCAUUCAAUCCUACCCAGAGAGCAGAGGGCCUGGUCUGGCGGGCCCAGGUGGGGAGGGAGAGCCAGGGGCCUGUGGGAGCCAAAUGGCCUCCCUCGUACCCGGCCUCGCUGGUCAGCAUGGAGGUGGACAUGGGCCAGAAGAGGGAGGCGGCGGAGCCAGAGAUCCAGCAGAGAGACGUGAAGGAACUCACUGCACUGAAGCCUGAGAGCAAGGUGCCUGAGCUGACAUUGGAGAGGGCAGUGAACCUGCUGGGCCAGGAGAAUGAGGAGAUGCAGAUCACUGCUGCCAGCUUUAUUCAAAACCAAUGUUUCAACAGCGCUGACGCUAGGAAGAUGGUGUUCUACCUCCACGGGAUACCCAAGUUGAUCAAACUGCUGCAGAGCGACAGCGAGGAGCUGGAGCGGAUAAGCGGCAGGGCGCUCCGAAACGUUGUCUUCGAGAGCAGCCAGAACAAGAUGGAGGUGAAGGAUAACGAGGGCGUGGCCCCCGUACUGCGUCUGCUCAGGAGAAGUCGCGACAUAGAGACCCGGCGGCAGCUCACUGGGCUGUUGUGGAACCUAUCCUCCCAUGACCUGCUGAAGGAGCAUCUCUCCAAAGAGGCCCUGGAGAUCCUGACCACCUCUGUCCUGGUGCCCUGCUCAGGCCUGUCUGAGGGGGAGAACCCCAAAGACGGCAUGCUGGCUGACCCAGACACCUUUUACAACGCCACUGGCUGCCUCCGAAACAUAAGCUCAGCUGGUCCAGAUGGGAGAAAAGCCAUGCGGCAGUGUGAGAACCUUAUUGACUCACUGGUAUACUACAUCCGGGGAACCAUAGCCGACUACAAGCCUGAUGACAAGUCCACAGAGAACUGUGUGUGCAUCCUACACAACCUCUCCUACCAGAUGGUGGUGGAUCUUCCACAGAAGUACACCAGCGAGCUCCAUGAUGCCAAAAUCAUCCAGCGUCUUGAUCCAAAGUGCCCUCUGCUGGAGGAGAAGGGUAGUCCCUGUGGGAUAGAGUGGCUGUGGAGCGCCAUCACAGUGCGGAUGUACCUGUCAAUCAUGGCCCGCAGCAUCCGUCCCUACACCCAGGAGGCUGCCAUCGGAGCCCUGCAGAACAUCACAGCUGGGAACGGCCUGGUAUCCAAGGCCAUCGCCCACACCAUAGUACAGCGGGAGAAUGGUCUUCUCCAGGCCAGGAAGAUGCUCCAGGAAGGAGAGAGGGAUGUGCAGAAGACUGCUGUGUCCCUGCUAAGUAACAUCUCACGCUACAGAGAGCUUCACGCUGACAUUGUCAAACAGGUGUUGCCACAGCUGGUGGUCAUGUUGCCCAACUCAGACACGGGCACAGACCUGCCAGAGGUGACCGUGUCCCUGUGCCACAUCCUCAUCAACCUGAGCCAGGACGAGACGCAGCACGUCAGGGCCAUCGUCAACCACGGUUCGCUGCCCAAGAUCAUCAACAUCAGCGCAAAGGACAACGGGUUUGGUCCCACCAGGGCUGGCCAGGCAGCCUGCAUCCUACUACACAGCAUGUGGAGCCACUCAGAGCUCCACGGGGCCUAUAGGAAGGCUGGAUAUAGGAAAGCAGACUUCGUCAACAGCAGGACAUCAAAGGCUGUAAAUUCAAUACGGGACUAAGCGGAGGAUCACAACGCAUU